AUGAAUAAGGCGAACAGAGCCAUCAGUCAGAUCAGUACCUGGUUACAACAUCAUGGGUUAGCAAUCGCACCUGAGAAGACAGAAUCUAUAGUUAUGGUAGGCAGAAGAGCACUCUUGGACAUUAGAUUUGAGGUCAAUGGAAUUGAGGUCAAACCUACUAGAAGGCUCAAAUACCUGGGAAUUUGGUUAGACCAUAGAAGAUCAUUCAAAGUCCACAUCGAAGAAGUCUCCAGGAAAUGCACUAAAGUUGCUGGCUGUCUUAGCAGACUUAUGGAGAAUAUACAGGAGCCUAGUCCAAGUAGACGAAGAUUGCUAGCAACAGUUGUUGAAUCGAUCGCUCUUUAUGCAACCCCAGUCUGGACAAGGGCUUUAAACUCGGCAAGAACAAGAAGUAUAUUAGAUCAAGUACAAAGAAAAAUGGCUCUAAGAGUCUGCAGUGGUUACCGCACCAUUGCAGCCGAUGCAGCAUUUGUCAUAGCAAGUGUCCCGCCACUAAGCAUAAAAGCUGAGGAAAGAGUACAUCGACAUAAUGGCAUGGAAACUACUGAAGCACAGAAUAAACUACUAGAUUAG